AUGGCCACAUUCAAUCGUGCUGCUGGGCGAUCUUGCUCAUCUGCCCACGGAAGGCCUGGCUCACAUCGUCAUCGCUUGUCUCCCGAUUGUCGCCACUCUCCCUCGGGAGGAAAGACGAGUUCUCCGCCCUCUUCAUCCCGACCUUGCUGGGCCGACUUCGUCUUGUUAGGCUCACGCAAUUUUCAUCAUCCCCCGGGAGAAUAG